AUAUUACCUACAAAAUGAAAUCAGUUUUGGCCAAUUUGGGAUUAGCCCUUCAACUUUUGGCGUUAACGUCAUCCGUCCACGGUCUGCUGGGCCCUCAAAUUACGUUACCCGAUGGAGACAUCAUCACCGGUAACUACGAACUUCUCAACAACCUUGAAUCUUAUUUGGGUAUCCCAUUUGCGGCUCCGCCGGUCGGACCGUUGAGAUUCAAACCACCCCAGCCAUACACCGGGAGCUUGAACGGUUUCCAGGCUCUGGCCUACGGCCCAUCAUGUCCUCAGGCGAACCCAGUUACUGGGGAGUUGGGAAUCUUCGGUUCAUUGCCCCAGGAUGCUUUGAACUUGGUAAUGCAAACCCCAUUGUUCAACGCGAGUAUCCCUCAAUCUGAGGACUGCUUGACUCUCAAUGUGUACAGAAAGAGAGGUCUCUCUUCUACCGCCAAGUUACCAGUGAUGUUCUGGAUUUUCGGCGGUGGUUUCGAACUUGGUGGCUCCAACACUUACUUACCGCAACAGUUGAUGGCGCAGGGGACUCUCCAGGGCCAGGAUUUCAUCUAUGUCUCUAUCAACUACAGACUCGCUGCUUUUGGAUUCUUGGGAGGAAAGGAGAUCAAGGCCGAGGGUAGUGGUAAUGCCGGUCUUUUGGACCAGAGACUUGGGUUACAAUGGGUUGCCGACAAUAUUGCUGCGUUUGGUGGUGAUCCAAGCAAGGUCACCAUCUUCGGUGAAUCGGCUGGGUCCGUUUCCGUGGCCCACCAAAUGAUUGGUAAUGGCGGUGACAACACCUACAAAGGCAAGCCAUUAUUCAGAGCUGCUAUCAUGCAAUCCGGGUCUCUUCUGGUAGCUGGAGACAUUGAUGCGGAAUUUCCACAGCUGAUCUUCGACUCCGUUGCCAAUGCUGCUGGCUGCGGUACUGCCUCCGACAAAUUGGCGUGCUUGAGAGGUCUUUCUUACGCCGACAUGCAAGCAGCGAGUAACUCUGUCCCUGGUAUGCUUUCUUAUGAAGCCUUCCAAUUAUCCUACUCUCCAAGACCGGACGGUGGCUUUAUUCCCUACAAUCUGAUGCAGAUGGUUGCCGAUGGCAAGUAUGCGAGGAUUCCAUACAUCAUCGGUGACCAAAACGAUGAAGGGACUAUUUUCUCUCUCGCCAGCUUGAACGUGACCACUGAAGCAGAAUUGUCGACUUUCAUUCUUAAUCUGUUUCCAGGAAUGUCUUCCUCCCAGUUGGCUGAAAUAUUGACUUUGUAUCCACAGGAUGUCACUCAAGGUUCUCCAUUUAACACCGGUACAUUGAAUGCGUUGACGCCUCAGUAUAAGAGAAUUUCUGCUUUACUUGGUGAUUUCAAAUUCCAAGCCCCAAGAAGAUUUUUGUUGAACCACACUUCAGAUGUUACUAGAUACACCUUUAACUCCCAGCAACUACAGGGCCUCCCAAUUGUCGGUACGUUCCACGCUAAUGACAUUAUUUGGCAGUAUUUCGUCACUGGAUCAGGAUCCUUGAUCUACCGUAACGCGUUUAUUGCGUUCGCCAAUACCUUGAAUCCUAACAGCGGUGGAUUGUUUACCUUGACCAACUGGCCACAGUACCAGAACACCAAUGCUCUUGCCAACAACAUGAUGUA